AUGCGUCAAACUCGUGACCUCUUAGAGCUUAAGGCUUUCAUCCAACGCUGUCGACGGGCAGAUCUUGAUAAACUUAUAAAGUUAACCAAUCUUCCUCGUGGAGGUCUAAAGCAGGAUAUUCAAUUGAGACUUAUUUCCUACCUGGACCAGGAUCCUUCCACAGAAUUUCUUUCUGCCCUUCAUGAACUGAGGGGACUGAUGUAUAGUCCUGUCAACUUACAGUUUCAACAGUCAAAUGGGAAUUUCGACCCCCACUGUCCGUCAAACGAUCUUCCGUCAUCGUUUGUGUAUUUAAGAGACCCUACCAUUCGUUGUUCUACAGAAUCGUCAAAGAAUAGUUCAGGACCGAAUCCAUGUGUGACAGGUACAAAAACAAGCUCUGUAUUACAGAAAGAGCAGUUGCGUCACAACCCUUACGUUGUACAACCGAAUACAAGUGUUUUUGAACAAUCAUCUCCAGAUGAAUUAAAUUCUACGAGAAGCAGGCAACAAAAAUCUCAACAAACAGUUUCAUCCAAUGAACUCACACAAAGUUCACUGUUUCCAGGGAAUCCUGUGAUUAACCCAUCAGUUUGGUCAUCUUGGGAGUCUGUUAACAAGUUGUUACCUGAAAACCGAGUAACGACAUCUCAAUCUUACACAUCUGGGAAGUCCCAAAAUUUUAAUCCCCAUUCUCAAACAAAUGUUGCCCUUCCUAUCCCUAUUCUAUCCAAUUCAGCUAUGUCAGAUGGGCAUUCAGAAAUACAUGUGCACUCUGAAUGUCCUCAGAGUUCAAUCCACACACUCAGUACAGACUCAAGAAAAGCUGCUGUCACACACAAAAUAGGUCCACUUAUAACAUUGGCUGGAGUUGAUGGAUCGUUUCGGCUUCCCGCUGUUUUACCUGAAUUCAAUUUCAAAGAGUCUCCAUUUUUCAAACUGAUCGAUGUUCUUUUACCUCCGCAAAUCAUUCUCCCGGCCCACAUUGGUUUUGCUACUGGACGUCGAUCUUAUGACCGUUCUUUGGCCUUGAGGUUCACAUCUGACCAAGUCGAAACCAUUACUUAUCACUGCUGGCGUGGAUCUGAUGAACGAAUGGAAUUCGGAGUGCAAGUUAUUAUGCGUUUUGCUCGUCUAGAUCCCCAAGCCUGCCAACAUCUAGUACAGACAUAUGAGUUGUAUGGUAGUCGCAAGUCAUCUAGUUUAUCAUUGGAUAAACUCAUUCAAAUACCAUUAGCUGAAGAUAGUUUACCAGUUCAUUUGAUAAUCCAAGUAAAUGGUCGGCCUAUCCAACUCCCACCUCUUUUACCAAGUAAUCGUCCAGGAAUGGAUGGACGUCGUAAUCCUAGACCUAUUAAUAUCACUCAGUCUCUUCAUGUUUCCCCUACUGUUCCAAACUAUAUUAAAUUAACUUGGACUCAUGAUUAUUCUAGCUAUACUUAUAAUGUUGUUGGAAUAUACUUGAUGCGUAGACGUUCGCCUCAACAAUUAUGUGGUCUUCUACAUUCGACUUCAUUUCAAAAUGCUAGUGUAAUGAAAAUGGAAAUCAUAAAAAAACUUAGUCCUAACGCUACCACUGGUAAUAUUGGUAGUGUUAACAACCAAAGUCAGUCUUUAGCCCGUAAUGAGAAUGACGAUGAUGAUGAUGACGAUUUAGUUAUGCCAAAUACACUUCCUGUUCAACUUCUUUGUCCUUUAUCUAAAUGUCGUAUUGAAGUACCUGUACGUGGACGUAAUUGUCGUCAUGUUCAGUGCUAUGAUGCAACAACUUAUCUUAUAAUUAAUGAACGUAAACCAACUUGGAAUUGUCCUGUAUGCGAUGGUAAAGCUGUUUACGAAGAUUUGAUAGUUGAUGGUUUAUUCUUAGAAAUAUUGAAUUCUAAACGUUCUCAAGAUCUAGAAGAAAUUAUAUUUCAUUCGGAUGGUUCUUGGUCGGCCCUAGGCGAAGAAAUGGCUUCUAAUCAAUUAGAAAAUACUAAUGAUAAUAAUACUAAUAAUAGUAAUAGUAGAAAUCCAUCUGAGCCAUCUCCGUGUACUGAUUAUAAUCAAUUAUAUAGUUUACAAGAAAGCCCCUAUGCUUCAAGUCACAUUACUUCAAAUUCAAUUAGGUCAGCUACUGAUUCAGCUGGUUCUUCAUUUGUACCAUCAUUUAAUACUUUGUCUCCUGCUAGUUCAAUAAAUUCGUUGUCUAAUCCAAACAAUUCCUAUCCUAAUACAUUAUCAAUGUCUCCUGCACUUGCUGUACGAACUGCAGCAAUUACACCAUUGAUAAGGAAUGAUGUGGACAAUAUUUCUGCCCCAAAUACAACAAAAACUACUUCUACUACUAGUACUACCAUUAAUACUAAUUAUCAGGCCUCGGUUACUGUUCAAUCUUCACGAGAUAAAGAACAAAAUCAGUAUAUAUCCCAAGAGAUUCCCUCCUUCACUAUUGACUUAACAUUAUCUGAUGAUGAAAAUGAACAACAGGGCAUAAGUGCUCGAGAAACUGCAAGUAGCAUUCAAGUUCCUACAAAGAACAAUAAUUCUUCUUCGCGUCCUAUAAAUACAGUUACAUCGUAUUCUUCUUCAUCAUCAUCGUCAUCAUCAUCUUUAUCACCGCAAUUCCCUCCUAGUGAUUUAUCUCAAUCUUCACAUUAUUCUGAAAAUAAUUAUCAACAUCCAUUCUCAUUAAAUACGAGUAAUAAACCGUCUUCAACAGCAUUAUCAAGUACUUCUAACUCUAAAAGUUCUAAUCAGUCGAGUUCCAUACCUCUUGUUUAUUCAUCAGAACCAAAUUCUACACAAUCAGUUAGUGUUAGUCAAAAUCUUGGAGUCCCUAGUGUUUCUGUAACGAAUGUCCCUUCAAAUCAAAGGCGUUAUCCUCCUGUUAGCAGUGAACAGAAACUAGUACAAGGACCGGCUACUAGCAUACUUUGUUCUGCUACUAAAUCAGAUGUUCCUGUUAGUUUACCUUCAAUUGUCACUUCUGCAUCAUGUGGAGGUAAACGUCCAAGCUCAUCAGAUUAUAAUUUUUCAUCGUUGAAUUUCUAUCAAUCUGGGACUCAAUCUGUAAGUAAUAAUCAUGGGUUACGUUACAGUCCAACCGUUCACACUACAUCUGUUUCAAAUGAAUCCGGUCAGUAUUCUUUUCCAAUAGCAAAAGUACCUCGGAUUGAAAUUCCACAUAGUCAACAUUAUGGAUCGUCUUCAACGCAAUCUCAGGGAUCCUAUUCUAAUAAUAAUAAUGGUUAUAAUAAUUCUAGACGGUGUACAAAUAGUCCAUCUGGCUCAAAUUCGUAUACAUAUCAUUCCAAUAUAACUCGACAGAUGCCAUCUGAUGGAUAUCAUAGCAACAGACUUACGUCGUCAACAUUCCAUUCAGGUCAAUCUUCCGAUCAUUUUUAUCCCAAUGAACAUACAACAAAUACAAGUAGUCGAUAUACAUAUUAUAAUCCUAAUGAAUCUGGCAGUAAUAAUAGUAAUACUAAUCGAACAUACUGCUAUUAUCCAUCCUCAAGACAUGUUAGUUAUCCUACAUCCGAUUCUGGAACAAUUUAUCCAUAUAAUAGACAACCAUCAUCUCAUAUUCGUAGUCCUUACGAAACUCACCACAGAAAUGUAAUAAAUAACUCUUUGCCAAGAGAUACACUUCAUCAUAAUUCACAAAUGAGGUCUUCUGAUAUAACUAAUUCAACAUAUUGUGGUAACUCAGUUGACUCACGUAGAGGAUUUCAUUGACGUUGCUUUAAAAUCGGUAAAUUUCAUGUGAAUAAUAUGUUUUAUUUUAAAAAAUUGUACAUUCAUUUAAUUUUAGUUGUGUUGCAUAAGUUUAUAAUGCUUUCAUUUAAAUUAUAAAUAUAUAAAAUAUAAUUAGGUUUACAAAUGGUUAUUCCCACCAUAUUACAGUACAAGCUAUGUAAGUUUUCUGAUGAAUUUACUUCAACCCAUUACUUAACGGAAAUUAAUUAAGUAUUCUAUUUAGUUAUAUAAAUGUAUUAUAGUUAGAUUUAGACUGUCGUGGCAAAGCAUUGUAACAGUAUUCAAAAUUAGUUUUUGAAAAUGUCGACUGUGUUUUCUGGAAUAUGUAAAUAAGAUAUUAUUUCCUUUGUAUAAUUCUUAGAUGAACAUAUGGACACUAUAUAUAUAUAUAUAUAUAUAUAUAUAUAUAUAUAUUAUAUAUAUAUAUAUAUAUAUAUAGACUGAAAAGUUUCAAAGCUGGGACAGUGAUGGAUUAAGGCAAGCUUCUGUACUUCUUAACAAUACAGGAGAAAAUUAUUAGAAUUUUCAAAUGUACAUAAAGAAGGGGGUUCGAGAUUUAUUAUGUUUCAUAAAAAAUGAAUACUGCUGUACGAUUUCGUUAGUAUUCUAAGGCCCCCAGAUACUGGGAUAUCCCAAUAAAUAUCUUCUGCAUUUUUCUAGAUAUUUGAGAUUAACAGCCAUUUGUUCUGUGAGUCGACUUGUUAUCUCCGUUUAAAACAUACUUCAAGCUCUACUGAAAAUUAUUGCUACGGUCUUAGCGUGCAUAACGUGUCUCAUUUAUUUCAGUUAUUAAAAGAAAAUAUAUUGGUAAAUUAUUUGCUUUUCUUAUUCAUAAAUCCAUUUUCAACUUCACGAUCCUUUAUUCAUUAUUAUCAUCCACAUUUACAGACUCCUAAUCUCCCAAUGAUGUCUUCAUUUUGACAGAUCUGAGGAAAACGGGCUACUGCCAUUUGUAUUUAUAGUUCGAUGCAUCGCCUAUGAAUAAGGCUGGUAAAAUUUAAUCAGUCUACAACUAUGAUUUAGGUCUAUAUGUUUAGUAUGAACCCCAAUGUAUCUACCUCAGUUUAUAACGUCGAAUAAUAUCUCUAACCUUCGUUUAAUAAAUCAGAUUCAAACCUUCUUACACAAUUAUGUACUUGGUUUUAUUAACAUUCUUGAAAUUCAUCAAGGUAUAUACCUGAUGUCAUCUCAUCAAUUGAGUGUGCAUAAACUUAUAGAGUAUGUAAGGUAGAUAAAAGCCACAUUCAUUUCAUUUCCUAUUAUUAACUUAAGAAUUAAUCGUCAAUAUUAUUGUAGGUUUUCUAUGAAUGUAUUAUUAUUAACUAAUAGUUUUAUUAGUGUAACUGCAUUUUCUUUUUAGAUUUUCC